GUAACAGUUUGACAGUAACAAAAAAUUGUAAAAUGAAUAAAAAUGUCAGAGGUAUUUCAUAAAAAAAAAUCAAAAAAUGUCUCAUCACCAAGUUCAAUAAACCAGAAAAAAGUAUCAAAAUUAAUCAGUAACAUAAAGAUGCCUCUGAAAAAGUCUGUUACAACAAUGUGCAUAGAAGCAGGACUGUUCUUAGCCGCUGUAGUGAUAGCCACACAUCUCACUGUCAAUGUGUGGGAGUACUUUGUCUUGAGAUCUGAACUCAGCGAAAUCAAUUCCAGCUUACAUAUAUUAAAGGAUACAAUCAGCCAUAUCAGUUCAGAAUAUACUAAAGUAAACAAGGAAUUGCAUGAAUUAAAUUCAAUAACCAACAUGAUGUCAUACAGCAGUGAAUUGGGAGAAAAGAAUUUACCGACCUUACGUAAUGAAAAAAUUGGUCCCGUAUAACUAUAAAAUCAAAUCCUUAAGCAACGUUGUGAGUUUCCAUUGCCGAAAUAUCUAUACAAAAGUAUUUUUCCAUCUCUCUAUUUUACAUUUACAAAGAGAAACUAGAUUUUUGUUUUGGCAGUAGAAACCCACGAUAAAGAUCACAUGGCAUAUUUGUAUUUUCACUACGGGUUUUGUUUCAGUUAAUUGUCAUCAAUUAUGUUAAAGUUUAAUAAAUGAUUUAGAAACUGA